UAUGAGGGUUUCUCCAGGAAGUAUAUGUCUACUUAUCACUUUUUCCCAUGCUCCGUAAAAAUUUUUUAGUUUCUUCCAGUCGCUAGGGGACGCUAAGCCGGAAAAGGAAACGCCUUUUAAGACAACUUCCGAGAGUGGCGCCAUGGGUUCCAGGGAGGAGGUGCUCGCCUUGCGGGCUGAAGUUGCCCAGCGUGAGGAAGAGCUAAGUGCUCUGAAGCAGAGGCUGGCGGCGGCUCUCUUGGCGGAGCAGGAGCCAGAGCGGCUGGUUCCGGUGUCGCCUCUGCCGCCGAAGGCCGCCCUGUCUCGAGAUGAGAUUUUGCGUUAUAGCCGGCAGCUAGUGCUGCCUGAGCUGGGCGUGCACGGACAGCUGCGCUUGGCCACCGCGUCCGUGCUAAUCGUGGGCUGCGGUGGGCUCGGCUGCCCGCUGGCGCAGUACCUGGCGGCGGCCGGCGUGGGCCGCCUUGGCCUUGUGGACUACGACGUAGUGGAAGUGAGCAAUUUGGCCCGCCAGGUGCUGCAUGGCGAGGCGUUGGCCGGGCAAGCCAAGGUGUUCUCGGCCGCCGCCUCGCUGCGCCGCCUCAAUUCUGCGGUGGAGUGCGUGCCCUACGCUCAGGCGCUUACCGCAGCCACCGCGCUGGACUUAAUCCGCCGCUAUGACGUGGUGGCCGACUGCUCUGACAACGUGCCCACUCGCUACCUGGUUAAUGACGCGUGUGUGCUAGCCGGCCGACCUCUUGUGUCGGCCAGCGCCCUGCGCUUUGAGGGCCAAAUCACAGUGUACCACUAUGACGGCGGGCCUUGCUAUCGCUGCAUAUUCCCCCAACCACCUCCAGCGGAGACGGUGACCAACUGCGCGGAUGGCGGGGUGCUCGGUGUCGUAACCGGGGUCCUGGGCUGUUUGCAGGCGUUGGAAGUGUUGAAGAUCGUAGCAGGUCUGGGUCCGUCUUACUGUCGCAGCUUGUUGAUCUUUGAUGCCCUCAGAGGACAGUUUCGUUGUAUUCGGCUUCGGAGCCGCAGGCCUGAUUGUGCAGCUUGCGGCGAGCGGCCCACUGUGACAGACCUGCAGGACUACGAAGCCUUCUGUGGCUCCUCAGCCACUGAGAAGUGCCGCUCUCUGCACUUGCUGAGCCCAGAGGAGCGAGUUUCGGUCACCGACUAUAAGCGUCUUCUGGAUUCAGGCUCCCCCCACCUGUUGCUGGACGUCAGGCCUCAAGUGGAGGUGGACAUCUGUCGUUUGCCUCAUGCCUUACACAUCCCUUUGAAACAUUUGGAACGGAGGGAUGCAGAGAGCUUAGAACUCCUAGGAGAAGCAAUCCGGGAAGGGAAGCAGGGCACACAGGAAGGGGCGGCUUUCCCAGUUUAUGUGAUUUGCAAACUGGGCAAUGACUCCCAGAAAGCCGUGAAGGUCCUGCAGUCCAUGACGGCGGUUCAGGAGUUAGAAUCUUCAACCAUUCGGGAUGUUGUGGGGGGCCUCAUGGCCUGGGCUGCCAAAAUCGAUGGAACAUUUCCACAGUACUGAGGUGGAUGGGAGAUCCUGACCUGAGGCAGAUGUGGACUGCCAUGUUACCCAAAAGAUACAUUUAUUUGCAGUUUUUCUAGGAAUGUAUGGGAGAGACUGGGAUUGUCCAAAAACUGACAUUGGACCCCUUUUUGUAAGGGCUUUUUUGUUAUAAUGCAUAGGAUGCUCUUAUUAAUGGGUUGUAAUACUGUUUCUGAGAACUGUCUUGUGUUUCCAGCACUUGGAAGAUGCCUUGAACAUGUGAAUUACAGUGUUACGGGACAGGAUUCUGUGUUUUGACUGAUCAUUUCUCUUUUCUGCUUUUUCCCACCUCCCCUAAUCAAAAAAUACUUUAAAUUGUCUAUUUUAGGGGCGCCUGGGUGGCUCAGUGGGUUAAGCCGCU